UGUUACCAGUGAAAAACAGGCUUAGAAAGAAAAAAAAUAAUUGCUUUUUUUUAAAAGAUGGAGAAAACAUGUGUGACCUUUGUAUUUUAUUAAUAAUUAAAGACAUCUUAAAGGCAAGUAGUUUUUACCCCCCUUUCUCUGUUGUUACUGUAAUAGUCACAGUGUAACCUGAUAAUGCAGUUGCUUUGCUCACUCCAGUUUACAUGUUGUAGCUGAUUGUCCUGGGCUGAACAUCCUAGGCUUUGCAGCUUGUCUGGGUUUGAGGUUAAUGUUACGGAUUCUUGGGAAGAGCAAAUAUGAGAAAGACAUGAACUUAGAUCUUUGGAACUGUAAAAUAUUUGCACUCCCCUUCUUAUAAGCCUUUGGGUUAAAAUUAAGACUGUCAGGGCACGCUACUGACGUCACCGCCACCGACUGGGUUCCGAGAAGCAGGAGUGGAAGGCCCGGGAGUUGGUCAUAAUGGCAGGUGAAGAAAUUAAUGAAGACUAUCCAGUAGAAAUUCAUGAAUAUUUAUCAACAUUUGAGAAUUCCAUUGGUGCUGUGGAUGAGAUGCUGAAGACCAUGAUGUCUGUUUCUAGAAAUGACUUGUUGCAGAAACUGGACCCACUUGAACAAGCAAAAGUGGAUUUAGUUUCUGCUUACACAUUAAAUUCAAUGUUUUGGGUUUAUUUGGCAACUCAGGGAGUCAAUCCUAAGGAGCAUCCAGUAAAGCAGGAAUUGGAGAGAAUCAGAGUAUACAUGAACAGAGUCAAGGAAAUAACAGACAAGAAAAAGGCUGGCAAGCUGGACAGGGGUGCGGCUUCAAGAUUUGUAAAAAAUGCCCUGUGGGAACCAAAACCUAAAAAUGCAUCCAAAGUUGCCAAUAAAGGAAAAAGUAAAAAUUAACCUUUCAGUUUUGAUGUACACAUAUUCAAAAAGUACAUAAUUUUUAUUGUUUUCUGCAAAAUAGAUGAUGAUUAUGUGGCAUUAUAAGGUUUAAAUGUAUUCCUUAUUGAAUUUGUAUGUAAAGUUUGCAUUUUAAAUUUGUGAUGCUAAAUACUUUUUCCCCCAUAAAGAUUAAGUUAUACUAAUUGAUUUUCCUAUAGAACACUGUGAGCUUUUUAACAUUGUGGUAUAUUUUAUAUUUAUAGUUUACAGUCUCUUGACAAGACUCUUAUUUCCUUAUAUAGGUCAGUCUUUCAAGUGCCAUUUUAUAAGCAACUAUGAAAUUUAAGUUAAAUGUUCUUUGUAAACAUUUGUCUAUUUUCGAUGAAUAAUGAUUUUAUGAAGUAUGCUGAAGUUUUAAAUACAUCUGUUUUCACUAUGUAUUGUUAGGAAAGAAUGAAAUGACUUAAAUGGCCCUUUUUUCUGUGAAGU